CUCUCAAUUUCAAUCUCACAAAACCUCAACCGCCUUAACGCUUUCGUUCAUCGGCACAUGCAGAGUCAAGCGCCCACUUUCAAUGCAUGCGCUAAUUGAGAGCAUACUUCUUACUGUAUCUAUUUUCCGCAUUCUCUAUUUCGUCUGCCAGUCGCGCACGCUUUUCCUUCGCUGAUUGGCACUCAUUCGCUUGUUUAUCUGUGGUCGCACACCACAUCUUCGGGGGUAAACAAGGCUAUUACCCUCAAUAAUGGAAACAGAUCAAGGUUUGGAGGUCACCGCAAUGGCGCUCCAUCAACGCCGUAGGACCCAAUCUAGGGCAUCGACCGCAUCUAUCCACAGUAUUUCGACACAACCCAAUCUCGACACUCAGUCUCAUCUAGGCCAUCACACUACAUAUUCCGAGCAAUGGAUUGCGACCAACCCUGGCCAGUCUGCCGAAAACUCCACCGUACAGCAGAUGUCGGCCGGAGACAUGAUUCUUAGACCUGCAUCUCAAAUGCAGGCACAAUCCUUUCAGGGAAAUCCGACCUUACACUCGACCAUGGGAUCUACCAUGACGUAUCCCCAACAACAAAGUCUACAAAACGCUGUAGCUGCUGACACGUUUGGCGCGAACGCAAGCUUCACCGAUGGAGAUAGUCAAAUGAUGGAUCGCGACGAGGGCGAUGAAGCGGAUGGUGCGGCUGUGCUCCAUGCUGGCAAUACUGGUACUCGAGCCGGCUCUAGCCGAUCAAGUGCCAACAAUGAACUUGAAAUGCGCCAGCUCUUUCAAGCUAACAAACACCGCACCCUCGGAGAUGUUGCCAUGGAGCUGCAUGGCAAUGAGCGUGGCCCCAACUCAGAGCGUGCACGACAGAUCUUUGCCAUGUUAUGGAUCAGUCAAGUCUGUACGAAGGGUAAAGGCUCUGUGCCCAGAGGCCGAGUCUAUGCUCAUUAUGCCACUCGGUGUGGGACGGAGAGAAUAACAAUCUUGAAUCCUGCUAGCUUCGGCAAGUUGGUUCGUGUUCUGUUCCCAGGACUGAAGACACGCAGACUUGGUGUUCGAGGAGAAUCCAAGUACCACUAUGUCAACUUCUCAUUAGUUGAUAGCCAACCUGAACUUGGAUCACCGACAGUUCGACCCCAACUGAAUUUCCCCGACCCCGCCCUGCUCGCGCAGUCUUUCAAUUCUGCUCAGUCUCAGUCUCCAGCACCGAACUCUGCGCAAUUAGCUCUUCCAUCCCCUACAGCUGCCCACCAUACCGAUGGCCAGGGCCAGGCAAGCAGACUCACUUUAGCUGGACGCUCCACAUCUCACAGCCUAUAUCAUCAACCGGAUGUGACUGGGCUUGAUCAAUUACACACUGCUAAUUCUAAGACAAAGCUUCGCUUAGCAUUCAUAUCACCCGCUGACGAACCUUCUGUUGGAUCCAUCACGCUACCUAAGAUCGAUAGCUUCCUGCCGCCAGGAACAGACCCGGACGCAGCUCAGUCUCUCACAGCAUUGUACCGAUCGCACUGCACCUCCCUAAUUGAGUGUAUGCGUUAUUGUAGAGACAAGACCUUCUUUCACUUGUACACAUCUUUUCAAGGAACUCUUACAAUGCCCGUACAGAAGCUAUUUUCCGACCCUAGCAUCGCACCGUGGAUCGAGGAGUGUGAUUUCAUGCUGUACCAGCGCAUGAUACAAAUCAUCUCUCUCCUCACGCUGCAAGUAAUUCCCAAACAAGUCCUCGAUGCUCUGAGAAGUAUCUCUGAGCGGUUAGUCUCGCAUAUUCGCAAUGCCUAUCAAGGACAGCCAAUCCACGUGCUUCAAGCCAAGGAGGCGCCUGCGACCAUCUUUGCUGCUCUGAUCGAUCGAGCUCUGAGAGUUAACCUGACUGCGCAUGCUGCUGCAAGCAUGCUCGCGAAUUCCGAUAACCGCGACCUAAUGUACACUGACUGGAUAACAAUGGUUAGACUCCGCAAGGUUGCAGAAUGUGUGCCCACAAGAGCCAUGGACGAUCUCGUGAAGCUACUACUCGAAGAAAUUCGAGAUUUAAUCGAUCCGGUCAAUGUUCAAUGGGAGGUAGAGUGUCUCACUCUUUACGGUGAUGUCGUAGCACAGAACAAGGGUCAGGGCCAACAAGGAUCAGGACCUGCCAAGUCGACUGACAAGGGUGUAUUGGAUCGAUGGGCCAACUUCCUUCAUUCGCUCCCCAGCCGGUUCCCGUAUGCUACUGCGGCUGACAUUGUUUGGUGCGUUCAACGUGUUGGCACAGAGGUCAUGCGUGAUCUUACCAUGGCUCAAGGUAGUAGCUUCGGAGCCUGGUGGGUCACCAAGUGCUGGCUUGAUGAGAUGAUUGCCUUUCUUGCAGAGUAUGGUGGCUUUAUUACGUCGAAGAACUCAGCGUCGCCCGUAUCUGACAUCGCCAAACAACCCGCUUACCAUAAUAGUGCAAAUCAACGAGGUUCAGGUAUAAGCAACGGUGACAAUUUCAACAUGUCUCACUCUACACAUCCUCAGCCGGAUCAUGCGCCGUUUCCUCAGCAGUUUGAUGUCAAUGGUCAAGACUCUCUGCACGAGUCCGCAAAUCCUGACGAUAGUGGAAUUGGGAUCAGGACUCCCGAAGAAGACUUCCCUAUAGGAAAGUUCGAAUUCCCGCAUGCCGAUAGCCAUGGACAACCGUCCCCUGGUCCCGAGCAGGCCUUAUAAUCGACCACCCUCUCUCGAUUCAGUGUACGAGACGGACCAUAAAGCGACCAUCCACUUUCCCAGUAUUCACAAAAUACCCAUAUACUAAUAAUAAGCGGCGUUUCGGACGGGAGAUUUGAUCGCUUGGCUCGGGGAACGGCCAAAGCAAAUGAGGGGCUAAUGAUAACGUGAUGCACGAUUAAUAUGAUCAAUAGAUCGGAUAGGAGAUCUCGGACGGCCUGUUUGAGCAGUAUAAUCUCGGCAUGGAUGGACAGGUGAAUGCAUAUUGGACGAGGAAAAGGGUGUGAGGGCUGGAGUUUGAUCGUUUUGAGGCCAUUGUAUUGGAGAAAUUUGGUAUGUGGAGUUGGGUGCUGAUACAGCAAAGAUUCCCCCAGGGCUCUCCUAUCCUACCUUUGAGAUAGGUGAGGAUUGUGUUACUUUUCCCUCUACCUCAUGGCCUGUUUUGCACAGUCAACCAUAGUUUCGUGUACAUGUAGUUCACUUAAGCUACUGUGUUUGGCUACUGAAUAAACAACGAUUUACUAUAAGUUCCUGUUGAUUUAUUUUUUUGUAAUUAUCUUCAUAUUGAUAUUCUGGAAAGAAAAGGCGAGUUAUGACUGGACCAUCUCAUAUAGGGGCAUCUUGACAGAUAUAAGAACGGAUGAUAUUCACAUGCUAGUUCGCUAGCUUGUUAGUUCAUCGUGGUUAAAGGCUUAAAGCAACCUUGCGCAUCCCUAAAGAG